UGGGAGUUGUAGUUCAGUCGUCGAACAGACGCGUCAAGCCCCUUCCCUUUCUUCCGCUUCCUCCCCGCCCCAGAUGAGUGCGCAGAAUAGGGACCCGCAGGAGGGGCACCCAGAGAGCGUGGAACUACAAUUCCCAACGGACCAUCGCACACAAGGCGCACUCCCAGGUGAUGCCAUGGAGAGUGGAAAGCCUGGCCCAGUGCAGGUUGUUUUGGUUCAGAAAGACCAGCAUUCCUAUGAGCUAGAAGAGAAAGCCUUGGCCAGCAUUCUUUUACAGGACCACAUCCGAGACCUUGAUGUGGUGGUGGUGUCAGUGGCUGGUGCCUUCCGAAAGGGCAAGUCCUUCUUCCUGGACUUCAUGCUACGAUAUUUAUAUUUCCAGAAGGAAGGUGGUCAUUCAAAUUGGUUGGGUGACUCAGAAGAACCAUUAACAGGGUUUUCAUGGAGAGGGGGCUCUGACCCAGAAACAACAGGGAUUCAGAUCUGGAGUGAAGUUUUUACUGUGGAGAAGCCUGGUGGGAAGAAGGUCGCAGUUGUUCUGAUGGAUACCCAGGGGGCAUUUGACAGCCAGUCUACUGUGAAGGACUGUGCCACCAUCUUCGCUCUAAGCACCAUGACUAGUUCUGUUCAGAUUUAUAAUUUGUCCCAGAACAUUCAGGAAGACGAUCUUCAGCAGCUUCAGCUCUUCACAGAAUACGGUCGUCUGGCAAUGGAUGAAAUUUUCCAAAAACCCUUCCAGACGCUGAUGUUUUUGGUUCGAGACUGGAGUUUCCCUUACGAAUACAGCUACGGACUAGAGGGAGGGAUGUCCUUUUUGGAUAAACGUCUACAGGUAAAAGAACAUCAACACGAGGAAAUUCAGAACGUCCGAAAUCACAUUCACUCGUGCUUUUCCAACGUCACCUGUUUUCUCCUACCACACCCUGGACUCCAGGUGGCCACAAGCCCUGACUUUGAUGGGAAAUUGAAAGAUAUUGCCAGUGAAUUCAAAGAGCAGUUACAGGUCUUGAUCCCAUUUGUGUUAAACCCAGCUAACUUAAUGGAAAAGGAGAUCAAUGGCUCAAAAGUCACCUGUCGGGGGCUCUUGGAGUAUUUUAAGGCAUAUAUUAAAAUUUACCAAGGAGAAGAUCUGCCUCAUCCCAAAUCUAUGCUUCAGGCCACCGCUGAAGCCAAUAAUUUAGCAGCCGCAGCGUCCGCCAAAGACAUUUAUUAUAACAACAUGGAGGAGGUUUGUGGGGGAGAGAAACCUUAUUUGUCUCCAGACAUUCUAGAGGAGAAGCACUGCGAAUUCAAGCAGCUUGCUCUGGACCAUUUUAGGAAGACCAAGAAGAUGGGUGGGCAGGAUUUUAGCCUUCGUUACCAGCAGGAGCUGGAGGAGGAGAUCAAGGAGCUCUAUGAGAACUUCUGCAAACACAAUGCCAGCAAGAAUGUCUUCAGCACCUUCCGAACCCCCGCGGUGCUUUUCACGGGCAUCGUGAUUUUGUACAUAGCCUCAGGCCUCACUGGCUUUGUUGGUCUUGAGAUUGUGGCCCAGCUGUUCAACUGUGUGGUUGGGCUGCUGUUAAUAGCACUUCUUACUUGGGGCUAUAUCAGGUACUCUGGUCAGUAUCGCGAGCUGGGAGGAGCCAUUGAUUCCGGCGCAGCGUACGUACUAGAGCAGGCUACUUCUCAUAUGGGGAAUUCCACUCAGGCCGCGAUGAGGGAUGCCGUUGUUGGGAGGCCCCCUGUGGAUAAAAAAGCUCAAUAGCAUCCUGACGAGGGGAUCCAACGAGAACGCCGCCAGCCCUUCCUGAUGUCUGGGUUUCUGCCACGCCCGGUCCAAGUGCAGAGGAACGCAGAUCUGGGAUCACCUGGGAAGAGCUGAAACUCAGCAGUAAUAAAUUAAUAGACAGACCUUUCCCGUGGCUUCAAAUUCUUAAACCUACUUCCAUUGCUAUUGGAAGCAUUUCUUUUCCUUGCUGAUAUAGAUCCACGCCUGUGUCUGUUUUCUUAUUACUCUCUGCUUUGUGCACUUUAUGGGGGAGAAAGCUAAAGGGAAAAGCUGCAAAUGUGGUUUUAAAUCCUGUAUGUACCACUUAGUGCCUUUUAAGAUUGUAUCCAGGCUUUUGAGGACACAAUAGGGAGGGAAUCGAGAAUAACCUCAUGAAAGAUGCUGUUUUGGGGUGAAACCGGUCUGUUCUUUUAUACCUUACUAUUUUAAAAUGUUUACAAAACUUGCAAAAGCUUCAGAACAAAAGACUGAAAAUGAUGCCAUUACACUUUUAAAAUCUUAUAAUGUUAAAGAAUCCUGCUUGCCAGAGAAUGUGGAAAAACCACAACCUAUUUAAAUCCACCAUACACUGAAAUUUAUGGUCUUUUACUGACAGGCUGACCGUUUUGUUGGAACAUACUCUUAUUUUAUUUUUGCCUUCAUUCCUCUAGCUUCUUUUUAGAAAAGAGGCAAACAUGCCUUGAAGAGCCAGAAUGGCUCAUAAUGAAAAGAGUAAGCGUAAUACUUUAAACAAAAAAGCUUGAGUUUAAAUGAACUGUGUGACCUCUGAUAAGUCACUUGAACUUGUGCCUUGGUCAGAUUCACUGUUUGCAGGUUUAUAUACACAUAUGUAUUCUAUAUAUCUCACAGUUGUCAUUUAAGAGGUCUUGUUUCAGGAGUUCUACAUAAGGACAGAACUUUAUUGAGGACUAGAGGAAAGACAUUACCAGACAUCACUGCCUUCAGUUGUCCUGUUUCAUGUGGCCUAGGAGUAAAUCAGGUCCUUAUCCAAAACAUUUACUUAUGUUCUCCUGGCCACUAAUCUUUUUAAUAAUAAAGCUACAAUUG